UCUUUGUUUUGUCCAGCGCUGUACACACAGUGAGGCUCGGUGAGUCUGUACCGUACGGAGGAAGGAGACAGAGCAGCACGGGAACGCGUUCUCCUCAGCUGAGCUCCAGACGCGUCGCGUCGCGUUUACUCCGCUGGGCGGGGCUCGGGCGCCGCGUGCAGCCAAUCAGCGCGCGGCCGCUCUUCCCGUCUCUCGCGCUCAACUGCUGGAGUCUCGCAGAAGAAGCGCGAGCGCGGAGGAUGAGGAUGAUGAGGAUGACGAGGAUGGACGCUAUACCGUGUCGUCUCGUGUUUUUAGCUCUGUUCUUUGGGUCCAGGAUCCAGCACACGGAAGCCUUACAGUGCUACUGUCACCGGUGUCCAAACCACACGUGUGCCAUGGACGGCCUGUGUUACGUGUCCAUCACUAAGUCCGGCGGAGUGACCACGCAGCAGAGCUGGUGCAUCAGCGAGAACGAGCUGAUCCCACGAGACCGGCCCUUCGUCUGCGCUCCCUCGGCCAAACACGACACCGGCAUCUACCCCAUGUGCUGCGACACCGACUGGUGCAACAAGAACCCCGACCCCAACGCCUUCCCAGUGCCGACUCAGAAGCCUCCGGCGCUGGGGCCCAUAGCGUUCGCGGCCCUGAUCGCGGGGCCCGUGUGUGUGGUGUGCUUCCUGAUGGUCACCGUCUUCUACAUCUGCCACAGCCGCUCGGUCCUUCAUCACCGCGUGCCUAACGAGGAAGACCCCUCCAUGGACCACCCCUUCAUCACGGUCGGAACCACCCUCAAAGACCUCAUCUACGACAUGACCACGUCCGGCUCCGGCUCCGGUCUUCCUCUGCUGGUGCAGCGGACCAUCGCCAGGACCAUCAUCCUUCAGGAGAGCAUCGGGAAGGGCCGCUUCGGGGAGGUGUGGAGGGGCAAGUGGAGAGGAGAGGAGGUGGCCGUCAAGAUCUUCUCCUCCAGAGAGGAGCGCUCCUGGUUCAGAGAGGCUGAGAUCUACCAGACCGUGAUGCUCCGGCACGAGAACAUCCUCGGCUUCAUCGCCGCCGACAACAAAGAUAACGGCACGUGGACUCAGCUGUGGCUGGUGUCAGACUAUCACGAGCACGGCUCGCUCUUCGACUAUCUGAACCGCUACACGGUGACGGUGGAGGGCAUGAUCAAGCUGUCUCUGUCCACCGCCAGCGGCCUGGCUCACCUGCACAUGGAGAUCGUGGGGACGCAAGGGAAGCCGGCCAUCGCUCACAGAGAUCUGAAGUCCAAGAACAUCCUGGUGAAGAAGAACGGGACGUGCUGCAUCGCUGACCUGGGUCUGGCCGUCCGUCACGACUCCGCCACCGACACCAUCGACAUCGCUCCCAACCACCGAGUGGGCACUAAACGGUACAUGGCCCCGGAGGUGCUGGACGACUCAAUAAACAUGAAGCACUUCGAGUCGUUCAAGAGGGCAGACAUCUACGCCAUGGGGCUGGUCUUCUGGGAGAUUGCCAGCAGAUGUUCAAUCGGAGGCAUCCAUGAGGACUACCAGCUGCCGUACUACGACCUGGUUCAGUCGGACCCGUCGGUGGAGGAGAUGAGGAGAGUGGUGUGUGAACAGAAGCUACGACCCAACAUUCCCAACAGAUGGCAGAGCUGUGAGGCCCUGCGUGUGAUGGCUAAGAUCAUGCGUGAGUGCUGGUAUGCUAACGGAGCGGCCCGCCUGACGGCCCUGCGCAUCAAGAAGACGCUGUCUCAGCUCAGCCAGCAGGAGGGCAUCAAGAUGUAGAGCGCAGCCCCUUCCCAUCAUCACCGGAGACACAGCACUUUCACAGACGCCUUCCAGAACAGACUCGCUCACGGAGCGCCGCGCGGAAGACGCCGCCUGUCUUUAUUUAUAGUUUGAGGUUUGCCGUUUCCGUGGGACCUCGUUUGCACCUCGCGUUUAAUUUCCGCUCAUCGCUGCAGCUCUUCAGGUCGGCGUGACUUUAUACAUGUUUUCUGUUUUUUGCAAAAACGAACCUGGACACGACCUCAUCCAGUCUUGGCGACAUAUGCAAUACAGAAGAAACCUCUCGACUUUAUAUUUUUACUGCUCUGCUACAACGACUACGAUAACAACCAUGCCUUCCAAGCCAGGUGUUACCAGAAAGUGCCACUGCUUCCAACCAACUAACCGACCCGCCCGACUAACCCGCCUGACCCGCCCGGCCACCCGGCGUGUGCUGGGCUCUGCUGGGCUCUGCUGGUGCCAUCCUUCAUUCUCUCUGCAACAACGAUCAACCUCUUCAUGACCGGCCGGAGGUCUCCGAGGUGGCCAGGCGUCAGCAGCUCACUCCCGGAGGAGAGGGGUGUUUCCCAAGCCAUAGCUUUUACAACAUUUUGUGGCGACUUUUUCUAAUAGAAUGUGCAAAAUAUCGAGGACUGCUUUGAAACUCUUUGGAGCGAGCCUUAAGGGACCAACGUGGAGCUGGAGAGUGUGUGUGUGUGUGUGUGUGUGUGUGUGUUCAGAGAUGUAGCAGUGCUUUGCUGUCUGGAGGAUCAGAGCUGAGGGACGCUCAGAGGUCAGCCUUUGUGCUCGAGAACCUGUUUUAGCAAUUCUGGUAAAUAAGUCAAAAAUGGUCAUUACGCAUUAGACUGGGAUCGGGGAGGAUUUCCUUUUAUUUCAGUGUUUUGUAAAAACGCUUACACUACUAGUCAGACGUUUAACACUCCUAAAGACCACCUGAAACAGCUCCUUUCUGUGUGAGUGUGUGUUGAAGGGUCAUUUCUUUCUGUGGUUUUCAGUCUCCAGGGUCACAUGAUCCUUCAGAAAUCAUAAUGAUAUGAUGAUUAUUAUCAGUGCUAAAAGCCAUCUAAAUAUCAGAGAUAUUUUUUAGAUUGAUGGAAACAGAGUUAAAAAAGAUACAUGCUGUUCUUCUGAACUUUCUGUUCAUCACGAAGAUGCAGUAAUGAAUAAAUGACCUUUUGAAAUAUAAUCAUAUAGAAAGAUUAGAAAUGGCUGAACCGUGGGAAGAAUCGGAGCAGAGAAGAGACUUUAUCUGAUACUUCACGACAACAAAGCUGGGCGUUUGACAGAAAGUCUUUCUUCUUUUGAAACAGCUCCUUUGAAUCGGAAGCAGGCUCCGUCUGGAGCACAGAAGGUUUUAGGAGUUUAUUGCAGUAUUCCUCUGAGGGUCAAAGGUCACAGCUAUGCACAGAAGCCGUGUGAAGCUUCGGCUCUUCUCUGAUGGUGCAGGUCUCUGCGUGUGUGUGUGUGUGUGUGUGUGUAUAUAUGUAUAAUGUUAGUGGGGCUGCUGGCGGUGUACAGCUUCAGGAGGAGAGCCAGCAGCUCUGUUAGUGUCAGAGGAGGAUCUCUCACUCAUCCUCACGCUCUUCAGAACAAGAUCUAACUCAACACUUCAGAAAACAUUAACAGAAAGACACUCCAUUAAAGAGCUUCAGAACAGAUUACCUGCAUCCAUAGAUAAGUGUUUACAUAAUACGUGUGUGUGUGUGUGUGUGUGUGUGUGUUACGUGUAUAUGAACACACACUCACACACACCUUCACACACACACACACACUCACACACUCUCACACACACACACACU